AUGUGUAGAUUAUUGGUAUACAAAGGGAAACAUCCAAUACAAUUAGCUCAGCUUCUCACUCGUCCAGCUCACUCUAUAAUAAAUCAAUCAUUUGAUUCUCGACUUCGUUUAGACACAGGUCAAAUUAAUGGCGAUGGAUUUGGAGUAGAUAAAAAUGAAAAAUCUACGCCUUGUAUAUUUACUUCCGUGACUCCCGCAUGGAAUAAUCAAAAUUUAACAAGACUUGCAGAAAAGAUAAAAAGUUCAUUGGUGUUUGCUCAUGUAAGAGCUUCUACUGCUGGGGUUUUAUCUGAGACUAAUUGUCACCCAUGGCAAUAUGAGAGAUUGAUGUGGAUGCAUAAUGGAGAUAUAUCAAAUUUCAAUAAGCUUGAUGAUCCAAAAAAUGGUCACUUUGAUCAUACAACAUUGAAAGAUGCAAUGUUGAAAACUAUUGGAUUAUUAAAUACUUGGGCCAUUGAAGAAGGAAUUGAUGAGCCAUCUUUACUUAACUUUGCGGUAACCGAUGGACAAUCUGUAAUUUGUACUAGAUAUAUAAGUAGUAAAACUGAAGAAGCGGCUUCUUUAUAUUUUUCUUCUGGUACAAGUUUUGUUGAAUAUAAACCUGGUCAUUAUAAAAUG